AAUUGCAUAGCCGAGAAAAAGGAAAAAACACCAAAGAGACAUGAAUUUGGUGAAACAAAAGAAGAAGAUAACAUCAACCCAGAAAAAUUCACCAUGAAAGCUCAUCAUUUGAGCCUCUUUUUGUUCCUAUCAUUGUCCAUUUCUUGCCUAUCACAAACUAUAACAACUACCAUUGUCAGAAGUUCAAUUCAGAGAAGAAUUCUUCAUCAGCCAUUGUUUCCAGCAGGUUCGGCACCACCACCUGGAGCUGAGUCACCCCCUCCACCAGCCCAAACAGCACCACCACCACCAGGUAGUUCAACUUUUCCAAACCCAGACCAGCCAUUCUUCCCUGAGGUGCCAGCCGGGCAAAGUCAAGAUCAGAAUCAACCACCACCGGCAACAACUUCCUCGUCAACGAAUGGAAGCAUACCAAUUCCAGCGGCAACACAACCAACAAAGCCAGCUAAAAAAGUGGCCAUUGCUAUUUCAGUUGGUAUUGUCACAUUGGGAAUGUUAUCAGCCCUUGCAUUCUUUCUUUAUCGCCACAGGUCUAAACAUCCCGGUGAGUCUCAGAAACUCGUCGGACCCAAUUCCCAGAGGGUCCAAGACGAUGCAAGAGUGCCCCCAUCAAGCUUUUUGUAUAUAGGAACCGUUGAGCCAAGUAGGACAUCAGUUAGUGAAACUGCAAAUGGGUCACCUUAUCAUAAACUGAAUUCGAUUAAGAGAUCAGAUCGGUAUAGGCCAAGCCCCGAAUUGCAACCACUUCCACAACUAACUAGGCCUCCUUCUCAGAAUGAGAAUUCACCAACUGCCAUGUCGUCAUCAUCCGAUGAAGAGAGUCGUGACACAGCCUUUUAUACCCCACAGGGCUCUUCAAUCAGCAAUGAAGAUUAUUAUACACCAGUUGUCAAUUCAACUCGUCCGCUUCAUCUUAAUAACAAUACUUCUGUUCCUCAUUCCAAAAGAACUUCUCCUAAAUCAAGGCUUGCGGUCGCUUCUCCAGAACUGAAGCAGGUUAUUAUCCCAUCAAUAAAGCAGCAACCACCUCCGCCACCGCCGCCUCCACCACCAACAUUAUCACAUUUGCCAGAAAGAUUGCCACGUCAGCCUACAUCAAUUCCAUAUUCUCCCAAAAGGCCAAAAUUUUCAGCACCACCACCGCCACCAAAUAUGGAGCUUCUUAGAUCAUUAAACAGCAAUUCAUCCUCACAAACAACUAAAAUUCCGGUUCCACCACCACCCCCACCGCCGCCAUCAAUGACAGCGCCAAGAAACGUGGGUUCUUUGGACAGAACUUUCUACUCAACACCAACCCCAGUAUUGCCAAAACAGCAAUCUUGGACUCCAAGUCAUAAAUCCAGUAGUGGUAGUGGAAUGAGUAAAACUCCUGUGGAAGAGGUUAAUAGAAGUGUCAGUACUGCUGAGAGGACUGAAGGGGAUAGUACAGAUGGAGCAAAACCAAAGUUAAAGGCUCUGCAUUGGGACAAAGUACGGGCAACCUCAGAUCGAGCUACAGUGUGGGACCAACUCAAAUCAAGCUCGUUUCAGUUGAAUGAGGACAUGAUGGAAACUCUUUUUGGCUGCAAUUCAGUCAAUUCAGUUCCAAAAGAAGCUACGCGAAAAUCAGUUUUGCCUCCUGUCGAACAGGAGAACAGGGUGUUGGACCCAAAGAAAUCUCAGAAUAUAGCUAUUCUGUUGAGGGCACUGAAUGUUACACGAGAUGAAGUCUCUGAAGCUCUUCUAGAUGGUAACCCAGAGAGCUUAGGUGCUGAGCUCUUGGAAACACUGGUAAAGAUGGCUCCAACCAAGGAGGAAGAAAUAAAACUUCGAGAGUACAGUGGUGACAUCUCAAAACUUGGAACAGCAGAACGAUUUCUGAAGACAGUGCUUGACAUCCCAUUUGCUUUUAAAAGAGUUGAAGCAAUGCUAUACAGAGCCAACUUUGAUACUGAAGUAAAAUAUCUUAGAAAGUCAUAUCAAACCCUAGAGGCAGCGAGUGAAGAAUUGAAGAACAGCAGGUUAUUUCUCAAACUCCUUGAAGCUGUUCUCAAGACAGGAAACCGGAUGAAUGUUGGCACCAAUCGUGGAGAUGCUAAAGCUUUUAAACUCGAUACGCUCUUAAAACUUGUAGAUAUAAAGGGAACAGAUGGGAAGACAACAUUGCUUCACUUUGUGGUUCAGGAAAUUAUUAGAUCAGAAGGUGCUGUUACCAAUUCUGCAAAUGAGAAUGCUGAAAACAAAAAUUCCAGUACAAGGGAGGAUGACUUCAAGAAGCAAGGUUUGCAGGUUGUGGCUGGGUUGAGUAGAGACCUGGGCAAUGUCAAAAAGGCAGCAGGGAUGGACUCAGAGGUAUUAAGUGGUUAUGUCAAAAAGCUUGAAAUGGGGCUUGAAAAGGUUCGAUUGGUUUUGCAAUAUGAGAAGUCAGAUAUGCAGGGGAAAUUCUUCAACUCAAUGAAGAUGUUUCUGAAAGAAGCAGAAGAGGAAAUUUCUUGGAUGAAGGCAGAUGAAAGGAAGGCCUUGUUACAUGUUAAGGAGGUUACUGAAUAUUUUCACGGGGACACAGCAAAGGAGGAAGCACACCCUUUCAGAAUAUUCAUGAUUGUAAGAGAUUUCCUUUCUAUUCUGGAUCAUGUUUGCAAGGAAGUAGGAAGAAUGCAGGAAAGAACAAUGGUGGGUUCAGCUAGAUCCUUUCGAAUAUCUUCAACUGCUUCACUACCAGUGCUUAACCGGUAUAAUGUGAGACAAUAUAGCAGUUCGGAUGAGGAAAGCUUAUCUCCAUGAAAUUUAUGUAAAAAUGAUGAAUUUAGCUGAAAAAAUCCACAUCAUUUUCAAUAUUAGCAGCAUUUUGGUAUAUCAAAUUUCUCAUCACGAGCAUGUCAAGCAGUAGGGAUG